AUGGCUUUUACAUCAAAUGUCACUACAUUCACUCUCUCUGGGCUUAAUGUAACAAAGGGAAACAAAUAUUUCUUUUUUUCAUUGGUUCUUCUAGCAUAUCUUACUAUGUUAUUUUUCAAUCUUUGUCUUGCUAUUACUAUUCUCCAAGUAAGGACACUCCACGAGCCCAUGUAUGUCUUCCUUUGUAAUUUGUCUAUUAAUGGAGUUUAUGGAACCUCAGGUUUCUACCCAAAAUUCUUGCUUGAUAUAAUCAGUGACUCAGGAUAUACUCAUGAUAUUUCAUAUAGUGGAUGUCUACUUCAAGUGUUUGUGAUAUAUUCUAGCGUUAUGUGUGAUUUUUCUACACUAACAGUGAUGGCUUAUGACAGAACUGUGGCCAUAUGCCAGCCAUUAAAAUAUCACUCCAUAAUGACAACCCAGGCUGUUAUUCACAUGCUUACUUUUUGCUGGCUGUAUCCCUUGUUUUGUUCAGUUCUUAUGGUAGCUUUGACAAGUGUGUUGCCUUUAUGUGGGUCUCAAAUAGACAAACUGUACUGUGAUAACUGGUCUGUUGUGCGUCUUUCUUGUGUUCCUACCACACUACAUAAUGUGAUUGGAUUCAUUGUAAUACUUUCAUUCAUGGCACAUGCUCUUUUUAUUGUUUAUUCAUAUAAGAAAUUGAUUACUGCAUGUAUACAUUCUAAAGAAGGCAAAGUGAAGUUUAUGCAGACCUGUGUACCACAUUUAGUUACCUUAAUACAUUUUGCUAUGUCUGUACUUUUUGACACAAUGUACAGUCGAUAUGGAUCACGGGGUGCAUCGAGUGUACGCAAUUUCAUGUCUUUGGAAUUGUUAAUAAUCCCGCCACUUUUCAACCCUAUUAUUUAUGGAUUAAACCUUACUGAGCUCCGUAGAAGAAUCCUGAAACCAUGCAAAAGACAUGCAGUAAAGAACACUGAGAACAGAAGAAAAAAUUGA